ACCUUGCUGCCGUAGUGAGAAACAAACACAUAGUAAAUAAAUUGAAAAUGGCGUCGUUUCGCCGAUCAAAUGAGCUUGAGAAUAUAUUUUUCUGUAUUGUGUUCUAAUUCUAAUAAACACUGUCAUUAAUUUUAAAAUCUUCCCACGAUAGUAAUAAUUGGCACUAAAAGUGAUAGUUAAAGAUUAGGAAGCUGUAGGUUUCCUAAAAAGGCGCAAUGGUGAUUUAUGUAAAGUUGGUGUGAUAGCAAAUGUUUACAUGAUUUGGGGGCAGGGCUGGGGGUCAAAAUGCUACCGACGGUGGAGGAGAGUCGUGGCUACGACUUCCAAGACCCAGAUAAUGCAGAGAAAUGGCGAGGCCUGUUCGUCAACUCUCUACGCAAGGUCUUGGAGUCAGUGCAUCCAACAUUAACAGCUGAGGAGAGUGCUCUUGAAUAUGUUGAGUCACUUUGCUUACGCUUGCUGGCAAUGCUAUGUGCGGUCCCUUCACCACUCACAGUCCAGGAUGUUGAAGAGCGAGUUGCUAGAACAUUUCCAACACCUCUGGACAAGUGGGCGUUAUCUGAUGCUCGUGAGGCCGCAACUAAUCGUCGCCGGAGACUGCUCCUGCCUGUUGAGAAAUUGCACCAUUUGCUGCAAAAGGAGGUGCUUCUCUACAAAAUCGAUACGUCAGUGUCAGUGUUUAUGACUGCAGUUCUGGAGUACGUGAGUGGUGACAUACUAAAGCUGGCCGGUACAUUCGUCAAGAAAAUCUCACAGAAAUCUGGCUACCAGACGAUAUCGUGCAGUGAUAUAAAGACUGCUAUGUGUGCAGAUAAAGUAUUAAUGGACAUGUUCUACCAAGAACCGGAGUUACUAGCCGCGGGUGCCGCGGGGGAGCGGCGCGGGCGACGGGGCUCGCUGACAUACGGCGAGUUGGUGCGCGACCUCCUUGCGGAUGAGCGGAACUUCCUACGAGAUCUGCAUCUCAUCAUACGAGUGUUCAAAGAUGAAUUGGAAAAGAUACUUGAAAGGGAUAGUCGGGCGAUAUCUUUAAUAUUUGGCAAUAUAGUGGAUAUUUAUGAACUAACAGUGACAUUACUUGGUAACCUUGAAGAUGCUAUGGAAAUGUCACAAGAUUCACCAACACCAUAUAUUGGAAGUUGUUUUGAAGAGUUAGCUGAAGUAGAAGAGUUCCGUGCGUAUGUUAGGUACGCAAACAUUGUGACAAGGAAAGAAUCGCGCGAAGCGUUACAGAAUAUUGUUGAUGAUCCAGUGUUAUCAGAGAGAUUAGAUACAGCGGGUCAUGGAUUCCGUCUAGCAGUGAAAUACUAUCUGCCCAAAUUACUUCUAGCACCGGUAGCACAUGUGUUUCUGUAUCACAACUACGUGCUUGCUUUGCUACAAAUAGCACCUGCCUCUGAGGACAGAGAGAGUUUUAAACAAGUGGAAUGCAACCUUCAUCCCAUAAAGAAAUUGUUGACAAAAGCACUUGGGAAUGGACCUAAGAUGGAGGCAACAUUGAGGACUGCUGCGAGAACGAGACGGCAACUAGCGAUAGAGAAGUGCAACGAACUGGCACGGCUCGUCGACAACUGGGACAACCGGGAUGUGGGACAGUGGUGCAAUGAGUUUAUUAGAGAGGACACACUUUCCAAGAUUGGACCCGGCAAGAGGAUAGCAGAGCGAAGAGCGUAUCUCUUCGACGGUUUACUUUUAUUAUGUAAACCUAUAACAAGUCUGGUGGCAGUCAAUAGUAGCGGUCUAACAGCUGGAGGCAGCGGUGGACAGCAAUUGAAACUAAAAGAAAAAUUACAUGUACGGAAACUGGAAUUGGUGGAUAGACCUGACACUGAUGAGGGCCGGCAUAUGGUGGAGUUGUGCCCUCGUGUUGGUCCACCCGUGCUGCUUGCAGCGGCCUCCUGUGCGGAGAAACGCAACUGGAUGUGUGACCUUGUUAUGUUGAAUACUAAACCAAUGCUGGAUAGAAGCUUGGACAGCAUUCUAUUAGAUCUAGAGAGGCGGCAUCCUUUAAAACUACCGCCUGUCCACUUGUACCGGUUUGCUGUACCCGACUCACCUGACAACAUAGUACUGGAAGAACGAGCCUCACCUAACACAUCGCCUGUACCACUAAUUAAGGGAGCAACGCUACUGAAAUUAGUUGAAAGACUAACGUAUCACAUAUACGCAGAUUUGAACCUAGUACGAACAUUCCUCACCACGUAUCGUUCGUUCUGUUCGCCCAGUGAACUAUUGGAUCUAUUGAUUGAACGCUUCAAGAUACCUGAACCUAGCGAGGUGUAUGACGCGCCAAGAAUAGAUUGUGUGGAGAGUACAGCGAGUAGCGACGCUGAGAAGUUAAGCAAGAACACAGCGAGGGAAGACUGGAAGAGAUAUAGGAAAGAGUUUCAACAGCCUGUCAAAUUUAGAGUAAUCAACGUGCUGCGACACUGGGUGGACCAACAUUUCUACGAUUUUGAACGAGAGCCGGCGCUGCUGGAGCGGCUCCGGGACUUCCUCGAGUCGGUGGAUGGGAAACCCAUGAGGAAGUGGGUGCAAAGCGUGCUCAAGACUGUGCAGAGAAAGAGUGGUCAGAAUAACGAGUUGGAGUUAGGUGGAGGCGUGUCUCAUGUGUUCGAUAGGGCUCCGCCCGCGGUGUUGCGGCACGUUGGGGAUCCGGAGAAGCACGCGUGGCACCCUCUAGUGUUGCACCCAUUGGAGUUAGCUAGACAACUGACAUUGCUUGAAUUUCAACUAUACAGACAGGUGAAACCAUCAGAACUUGUAGGCGCGGUAUGGACCAAAAAGGACAAGGAUAAAACCAGCCCUAAUCUCCUGAGGAUAAUAAAACAUACAACCAAUUUCACACGAUGGAUGGAAAAAUGGAUAGUGGAGAGUGAAAACUUGGAGGAGCGUGCGGCUGUGGUGUGCCGGUUCCUAGAGCUGGCGGUGGCGCUGCGCGACCUCAACAACUUCAACGGUGUGCUGGCUGUCGCUGCAGCUUGCGGAAGCGCCUCCGUACAUCGACUACGAGCCACAUUUCAGAUGGUGCCCCUCAGACUGAUCCGAGCGUUAGAUGAGUUCCGUGAACUGAAUUCGGAUCAUUUCAGAAGGUAUCAGGAACGCUUGCGCAGUAUAAACCCGCCGUGCGUGCCUUUCUUUGGCAUGUAUUUAACUAAUAUAUUGCAUAUAGAGGAAGGUAAUCUCGAUUUCCUUCCUAAUUCUGAACUAAUAAAUUUCUCGAAGCGACGUAAAGUAGCGGAGAUUACGGGAGAGAUUCAACAGUACCAAAAUCAACCUUAUUGCCUCACUAUAGAGCCCAAAACAAGGGCAUUUCUAGAAUCGUUGGAGCCGUUCCCUGGUAUGGACGACAAUGAGGUGACGAAUUACCUCUAUGCAAAGAGUUUGGAGAUCGAACCCCGACCACCUAUCAAACAGAUGCCUAAAUUUCCAAGAAAGUAUCCCGAAUUAUCUUUAAAACCGGUGAAGCUGUCACGACGCUCGCACGACUCCACGCACCAUUCCGCAUCCAGCGCAUCCAGUGCUGAUGAUAAUCUAAGUGUGUCGCAGUUGUCACCGACUAGCGGCAGCACGUGGGAUGGCGCCUCCGUCACCUCGCUGCAGCUGCACCAUGACGAUAAAGGUAGUCGUAACGAGGAGCGAGGUUCUUUAACGAGUCCUAGGUUGGAGCGCGGCUCCAGUAGUUCUCUGGGCCAGCUGGGACAGUUCAGUUUAUUCGACAAGGGCCUUGCGUUAUUUGACAAGAGCAAGUCGACUGCUAUGUUGAAUGCAAAGAACAGUGGACGCGACGAGCCGCCUUCGCCCCGGGAUAAUCAUUCUCCGAGACAUGAUCGCAGUAACUGUUCAACGUUAACACGUCGCACGCCGGCGUUGUCUCCGCGCAGCGCUAUUGUGGACGCGGAGGUGUUCUACUCCCGUAGUGCUGAACAUCUCGGCUGCAAGCGACAGGAACAGCUACCACAGGAACGUGUGCCCCCACUGCUGCCGCGUGGUGCAGGCGGGCCGGGGGCGGAGGGCGAGAAACCACCCCCAUUGCCACGCAGGCCUGCCUCCCCGCCCUCGCAUAAUGCAUCCAGUGAACCACCACCGGAGCCCCCUGACAGACCUCUUCCCAGCCCAAAACAUCAUGAUCUCUUUAGAACGCCAGCCAUGUCUCCGAAGCGUUCCCCCGCCCCCGCGCCACCCAUCAGCCCCUUACCACAAUGCAAUAAUAUUGAACAGAGGACUGCGGCGUUCAACUUUCCGUCCGCCGUGUCUCCGUCUACAUCGCACCAUUCAACGGAGGGCUGCGGCGUCUCUCCUCCCCUGCCACCUCCGCUGCCGCCUCGCAGGAGACGGGACUCCGCCGCCCCACCUACCCCGCUACAUCAGACGACAUGGGGUGAAUCGGGAAACAUAAGCGGCAACGGGUCACCGUCCGGGGCGGUGGCGGUUAGCGGAGCAGCCGGCACUCCGCCCCCGCUGCCCCCGCGACCAGCACCUGCGCCUGAACUGCUGCGACCCGCGCACUCCGCCCUGCUGCAGCGGAGACACCAUAGCGCCUCUUUGGCGCCCCGGCUGCCCCCGAAGCCGCCUCCUGCUGCAGUGGCGCCGCGCACCUAGCGCCGCCCCGGGCCGCGCACCGAGCCACGCGCGCCCCGACC